CCUUCCAGCAAACAAAUUCCCAACGGACGAUGUCCAGUGAAGAGCACGAACCGAGACUGCCAAGAAAUGCUGAUAAUUUUCCCGCGACUCCCGAUACAGGAAGCGAUAACGAGGCCAAGAGCCAGGAUAGACGGUUAUCCGUAGAAGAAAAACUGGCUAGUAGAAUGAUCUUCCACGCGAGAGAAAUAUGCUUCUUCCUUGCCAUCGUCUUCACAGCUCUCGCUGCUCUACAUACCUCACCUCCAAAAAUAUCUAAACCACCCUUGGCUAAACCAUUCUUCAAUCAAAGUUCUGUGGUCCUGGAUUUUUAUAAAGGACAUCUAGAUGCUGUCUUCGAAAGAGGAACUGAUGCUGAUUUUAGCUUUCUUAUGUACUAUGCACCGUGGGAUGCUGAUAGUCAGGCUCUUAGACACGAAUUUGAAACUGUGGCACGGUAUUAUCACAAUCGGGUGUUUUUUGCUGCAAUUAAUUGUUGGCAUCCUGGAUCCGAGUGUAGAACGCAGUAUAAUAAAAUUCAAAGUUAUCCUGUGUUAAUGGUAUAUCCUUCAAAAGGUUUAGGUGUGCAAUACAAGGGUAUUCGUUCAGCUCUGUACAUGAUUCGCUUCUUGGAUGCAUUUAUGAAUCCAAUUCACAGGAUAACAAAAGAAGAAGAAAUUGCAGAUCUCUUGACUACUUACGAUGCUGUUAUAGUAGGUUACUUCAAUUUUACUGGAGUAGCUAAGAGUCCUGGCUAUAUAGAAUUCUAUAAAACAGCAAUUCGCCAUCUCGAGAAAGAUCCAAAUAGAGAAAUUAUUUUUGCUGCCAUAACAGACCCUGUUACGGCUCAAGCCGAUUAUGACGUCACUCAAUUUCCAUCAGCUACACUGUUCAUGUGGAGUGAGUCCAAAACUUACAUUGAGAGAAAUCGAUGGUCUUCAGAGAACUUACUAAACUGGAUUUCCUCUGCAUUAGUUCAGGCUCCGCUGUGGUUGCAGCCUCCUGGAAGUAAGUCUGUAACAUUAGCACCGUACCUGCGUGAUGGACCUGCUCUAAUUCUCUUCACUCCUAGAAAUCCAUUACAUCUUCAAAACUAUAAUUACAACUUGAUUAAAGAAGUAGGACUUCAAUAUUACAACUGUGGCAACAAUCCCACGGUAGAUAAUGUCGUUACUCGUCUACAAGAAAAUCGACACAAUGCUAUAACUAGACAACGCGAGAAAAGUGAGCACUGUGAAGAAAUUCUCAAAGAGCCCAAAGUACCUUUGCAUAUGCCAACCAUCAGCGUCUCUAUUCAACAGUGGAUUAAUGAUAGUUGCUGUGCUAAUAUUGUUAUGAACAAGUGUCUGUUAUGUAAGAAGAAAAUCGUAGAUACUAUGAAAAAUCAAGCACCUAUAUGCACAACGACAACAGAACAUCGCACACCAAUGUGUAAAGGAGCUGAUAUAUUUAGUAUACCAACACUGAAAGAGGAACAAGAAAAAUACGAAUUAUGCUGUAACAGGCAUCAAGUCAGUGAUGAUAAGAAUGAUUUUUCCAAAUCAAACAGGUACGUAUUAUGCAUUAACUAUAUAACAGAAUUCCGUACUAAUAUAUCUCUUUAUUUCAUUAGUAAAAGUUAUGAGACCUCCAUGCUGACUGGAGAAAAUGACCCACGAUCAGCGAAUAACGUGAGACGAUCAUUCAUUAAAGAGGAUUGUCGAAAGUUAUUAACCGGCAAUAAUUAUCACCCUCCAGUAUUCCCAAAGGACUUGCCAGGACAUCCUAACAUCAAUUUAACCGAAUUAAGAUGCAAAGUUAAUAGAACUCUGGUACUAAUAGCUAUUGAUAGUCUUCAGUAUCAUCACUAUGCCGAAGGACUUGGCAUAGACAUUUUAAAUAAAAGGAAUAAGACUGCAGUAGUCAUCAUAGAACCUACACAAGAGAGUCAGUACGUCAUGAAAGAGGAUCUUAGUCGAUAUUCUCUGGUACAAUUUAUAAACAACUAUACAGAAGGUAUGCUCCAACGUACGUUACGCUCAGUCGCGUCGCGACGCUUUGCACACAAAACAAGAAUAGAAUGCGAGCCAAAUGACAAUUCUAAAAUCUGUGUACCAGAAUUAACGACUGAAACUUUUCUAGAUACCAUUCUAAAUCCCACAAUGGAUGUCGUAGUGAUGUACCAUUCGCCUUACUGCGCUUUUUGUAGCGCAAUAGCUUAUGUUUAUUUAACUGCAGCGCAUUAUCUAUCUAAUAUGGAUCGUCUUAUAUUCGUCAGGAUCGACGGUGACAAUAACGAUCUUCCAUGGGAAUAUACCAUGAAUCGUUAUCCGUCUAUAUUGUUCUUUCCUGCUAGAAGAAAAGAAGAUAGUACAGUAUUUCCAUUUUCUCUCCCAAUAACCAUUCGAAAUCUAUUAAACUUCGUACUGGCUAAUCUGGACGGUGAUUCGAACGUAGAAGCACUAGUCAACGUAUGUCAUAUAGGAGCUGGUGAACCAUCAAGCGAUUGCGUAGCUCGUAUCCGGUGGGUGUGCUUGGAUAUCAUCGAGGAGCUUCUUCGAGAGUAUAGAAAGCUACGCCGGAAGUUAUCACUUAUGAAUAAAAGAACUGCGUGUAAUAAACGACGAUCGAUACUACUAAAGCUCCAGCAUAUCCGUGACGUACACCUUAUUCUGGGCUCGACUAAUGAUCUUAGGAAGGACGUGGAUAAGGUUAGAGUAAUACAAGAGAAAUACAGAACUUACUACAGGGAUCUCAUGGCUCUGGAUGUGUACAGUGAAGCAAUUGAAGAUGUGUCGAAGAGAACCGAUGAGAAACAAACUGUCACCUCAACUGAAAGUAAUACUGCAAAAGACGAAUUGUGAUAUUUGUUAUAUUGGUACGACUGCUGUGUUAUUUUCAAUAUUAUUUUUGAUGAGCUCUUUUCCGAUUGGAUUACUAUGAGCUUACAGUGCCUGUACAGAAUGACUUGACCAUGAUUUUCUCCUGAAACUGAAGUCGAUGUGCUUAAUGAAUCCUAUAAUCUCUUGAAUGAGAAAACAAAGAAGAAGAAACGUCCAAAUGUCCCGUAGGCAUGAAAUCAUCUUUUACUUGUAGAAAUGAAACUUAUGAAACUUGUCUUUGUAUAGUAGCCACUGAUUGCCUGAAACAUUCCCCUUUGAUGCUCGGAUUAUUAAUUAUUAUAGUCAUGCACCCUACCGUCACUUUAGUGCACUUGACACUUUAGUGUUUCACAGUUUGGCGAUGAUUUGAUAUCCUUUAGGGACAUUAAUCUCUGUGAAUAAGAAAUGGAAGAAAGUUUGCAACUUGAAAUAUUAUAUAUUUAUGAAACUUAUGGUGCAGCGGAUACUGUAAUUUAUUUAUCAGCACCAUAUUUGCUGCUGGACAGAAUCAGCUCAAGGAAAGUACCUUAUGACAUAUCGAGUGUGAUGGGCAGUAUAUCAUUAUUAUUUUUUCAUCAAACACUUCUUUAAUCGAAUGAAUGGUUUACACUCCUCUCGUGGAUAAGUAAGAAUCUUUUACCAAUGAAAAUUACUCCAGGACUUGUACGUCCAUGAAACACUUCAGACUUCUUAUCUCAGGACGAACAUUUUCUACGGCGGAUGUUUAACCGCUAUUUUCUAUAAGGGAGUCUAUGCCAUGUUCAUAUUUAUCGUUAUGAAAUUCUUUAUUGUUUACGGUGCUCGAUUUGUCUGGAAGAUUAAUUGAAUUAGAAUAAUUAAAUAAAAUCCAGACACAUCAAGCACCGAUAUUCUCAUAAAGACUGUCUAUUUUAUUAUUAUUUUUUUCUUUGGCUUUUUUUCUUUUUUAAAUACACGGUAUACAACACAUGUACAUUACUUCAUUAUAUUAUGUAUAAUUUAAUUAAAAUGUCCAAUGAGAACUUUCCUUUGUGGUAUGCCACACGGAGAGUUACUCAUUUUCUUGCGUGAUGCUUGUAAAUUAAUGUAAAUAUUGUUACUGUGUAUGAUAAGAAUAAAGCCGAUGCGUUAAAAUGAGAAAA